CCGUUUUUGCAGUUUUGUGGUGCGAUUUGCUGUGCAUGUUGCAUUGAUAAUUUUUCCUCUCGCUGGAGCUGAGUCAUAAAUAAUAGGAUUAUCGGAAGAAAUUGAAUUAACUUGUUGGUAACCUAGCUAGCUGGUAAUUUGAUUUUGCAUUCGGUAGUGCAAGCAGGUAUUCGUUCGGGUUCUAAAAAUUCACGAGUGAGAAAACCUCCAAAAUGAGUGAAGCCACCUGGUUACCGCUGGAAUCCAAUCCGGAUGUUCUGAAUAAAUUCAUGGCCCAAAUGGGCGUGUCUCCUCUGUGGAACAUCGUGGACAUCUAUGGCAUGGACGAUGAACUACUGGGCAUGGUUCCCGCCCCCCUCAAGUCCCUGAUUUUCCUGUUUCCCGUCUCGAAUGCCUACGAAGAAUUUCGUGCCAAAGAAGAUGAAGAACUGAAGGCCAAAAAUCUGCAACAUCCUAAGGAUCUGUUCUACAUGCGUCAAUACAUUCACAAUGCGUGUGGAACUAUUGCGCUGUUGCACGCAAUACUCAACAAUCCAGACAUCGAAAUCGAGAAGGGAAGCACCAUCUACAAUUUCCGCGAAUCGGCUAAGGAUGCCACUCCCGAGGAACGUGGAAAGUUGCUACUUAACGAUGCCGGUAUCAGUGGGGCACACGAAACCAUUGCUACCGAGGGUCAAACAGCGGCACCGGAUAUCAACGAAAAAGUUUACCAUCAUUUCAUUGCGUUCGUGCAUUUCGGUGGCAAGUUGUACGAGCUGGAUGGACGCAAGAAUUUCCCGAUUGAGCAUGGUAACACUACACCGGAAACGCUACUGAAAGACGCUGUGGCCGUUUGUAAGCAGUACAUUGCUCGCGAUCCCAACGAGGUCCGCUUCACACUGAUGGGAUUGGCUCCUGCUCAGUAAAAAGCUAGUCUGGAGACCAUGAUUGUGUGAGCUCGCAUAUCCGCUUCUCGAUAGCUUAGCCAUGGCCAUCUUCAAAAAUCACCGCUAAAAUUGUGAAAGAUCUCGCUGAAGUCACUUCAGAAUAGAUGAACAAUCUGUUGCUUUUUGUAAGUAAACGUUAAAAACACUUGAAAGUCUGCAUUGUCGAUGUGAUUGCUUUAAAUAUGUAUACAAAUAAAGAAGAAAUUUCUUAAAA